AUGGCGAUCUGUACUUAUAACGCACGUACGCUCGCAUCGGAAGCGGCCAUCGAAGAUCUGAUGAUGCAAGCCAAGAAGAUCAAGUACGACGUCAUCGAACUGACCGAUACGAGACGAUGUCACCCUCUCAACGCCGUAUAUGAGACUGGAGAAGAACUGUUCUUAGGAACAUGCGACAGUAGAGGUGUUGGUGGAGUUGGCGUCCUCGUCAACACGAGAACGGCAAAGAACAUCGACUCUUUCGAACAACUUACGACCCGAAUCGGACGUCUGCGGAUGAAAAGAUGUGGUCCAACACCAGCUUUGACUAUCUUCGUCGCUUACGCUCCAACAUCAAGCUACGAAGAAGAAGUCGAAGCUUUCUAUAUGGACCUAGAGAAGUUCUACCGAAAAGAUCAUACCUUCUACAAGGUCAUUAUUGGCGAUUUCAACGGCAAAGUUGGCCCAAGAAGAACGUCGGAGGAACUUCCCAUCGGGCGCCUCGGGUGGCACAUAGGAACUAAUCACGGACCAAAAGCGACCUUAUGA